GUCACUUCGUGAAGUUAGGUCAGACGUCGUGAGAGAAGUCAGGUAGUUGGGCCGAGAUACACGCCGCCAGGCGAACGUGCAGCCAGGAUCUCUCGGGUCCCCGGUGGCCCCCGGUGUGAUAGAUCGAGUGUAUCAAGCCGAGUCGAGUCGAGUUCGACUACGUAGUGUCCACUUUUCAUGGGCUGGUGGGGUGCACUCCGAGUGGCCGUGGUGGGUGGCGGUAUAAGUAGAGGUCUGCAUUCGCCACCGUUCUCAUACCCUCACCACGUCCUUCGGCUACCUCUUACUUUUACUUUAGUUGUCCCUUUUCCCACUUUUUUUCUUCUCUCUCUCUCUCUCUCUCUUUCUCUUUCUCUCUCCCUAUCUCUUCCUCUCUCCCGUCUCUCUCGCGUGCACACGCACACGUACACAUACAUACUCUCAUACUUGAUCUUUCUUUCUCUCCGUCUCUAUCGGUGCGCGUUCGCUUUGCCGUUCGUUCAUUCGUUCAUUCGUAUCGCGCCUCGUCGGCGAAGUCGCGUCACAAAGCUGGACGGAGGUCACGAGUCGAACGAAGCGCACGUAUCCUGGAGGAUCGACUCUCGUCCAGUGAACACAAUCGGCGUGCAAUUGGAGGACGAGUGCCGGUCACGAAAAGAAGGCAGAGAUGAUCGCGAGUGUCCGGUGACGAUAUAUACAUAUAUAGAACAUUAGCAGUAUUUGCUAGAGAGAGUACCUUGAUAUUCUCUCGAAAGUGCCGAUAUACUGGGUACAUACUGAUUCGAGAAGAGUUUCGUUAAUCCGAACCAGCUGUUUGCGUUUCACGACGAAAGCAGAACGAGAAACGGCGAGCUGGUCGAGGAAGGGAACUGUGUGCAGUGCAGACAUGUGGUUAAGAAGCGUGCUCCUAAUAUGCGGCAUCAUUGCGGGCACGCUAGCUGAUAGUUCAUCGGAUAUCGUGCAGAUACCCGGUGAUAGUUUGACACGAAAAAAUGUCGCAGCGACGACAUAUCAGCCACCGCGAGCCAUCGCGAUUGAAGAGUUCGUGACAUCACACAAAGUGCCGGAAGACAUAGCAAAACCAUUAGAUGAUGACGAUGAUGACGAAUACAUCGACGAAAGGAAAGUCGCGCUUAAAGACAAUAAACAAACUAAGAAAUUUGAGAAUACCGAGAAAAAAGCAAUUAUUCUCGAGCCUGCCAGACGUUUAGAUUUAGUCGAGGAGGAUGAUUUAGAUGGUUUCACUGCAAAAAGACAAGCACGAGUAGAACUCGAAAAUUUUAGCGACACUGGGAAGGUUCUGCAAGAAGGCAAAAUAAAGAAAAUCGAUUCUAAAAGGCCGCGGCCAAGCGAACAGGAUGAAGUUAUUCCGGGUGUCUACGUCAGCGCGGAAUAUCCAACAACUAUGCUACCUAUCCUGACAACUCCACGUGAAGCACGUGGCAAAGACAGCCUUUUUGACUUCGUCCCCGUAAACAUUAUUCGUGAAGAUAGUAAAGAUGGCUAUUCACGUUUUCCGGAUGCGAAUUUUGGAGAUCUGGGUGAUGUGAGUUUGGUACCGGCUGGUACGAAUUCUCGUAUACAGGUGAAGAAAGGACCGAACGGGAAGGAUUACGAAUAUGAGUACGUGUAUUAUUACUACGAUGAGGAGGAUGAGAACAAAGCAGGUACGGCGGGUUCGGCUGUGACGAAUUCUUACGACAUUCCUUCCUCCAGAACAACCUCCGUGCCCAGGAGAGCAGGCACCGCCAGCAACAGGAGCAAAUACAAUCCCGUGGAGAGGUCGAGCACAGUAGAGCCUAGCAACAAUGAGGUCAUACCGAAUAGAAAUGGUAAUAGAGGCAGACAACUGGUCGAAACUGAAGACGUUUCCGACGAAAGACUGCCCGCGAAUACUCGUUUCCCACCGAGAUCGAGAUCGAAUCAUAAUACGGGCACAACGGAAUCUUCACGAACUCGUAAUAAUCGUCCGCGACCGAGCUUGGAUUUGGUUGAUUCCAGUAGUUUCCGGACUCAUCAGGAAGGUCCCGAGUUUCCGCAAACCUUACCAAAAGGACCCGUUAGAUUUCUAGGCGUUACCCCUAAUGAGGAUAACGAAGACAAACCUUUAAGCAGAAGCCGCGGAAGACCGCAGAGAAUUCAAGAACCCGCUCCUGUCGAAGAAGUUGUCGACGAUGCACCGCCACCUAGAAGACGCGUGAGCACCACUGCUUCAACUGAAACCGGAGUGGAAUUAAGCAGAGGCCAACCGAUACGUCACAGUGAGGAAGACGAUGAAGAGGAAGAAGUCGCACCGGAAAAGCCCGAUAACAAACGUAUAUCUUUAGAAGACAAGACGCAAGAAUCUAGUGAGACAGAAGCUUCACCGGUUCAUCCUAGCGUUAGCUCUGAUACCACGGAUAACCCAACGACAGAAUAUCCAUCAGUUAUGGACAAGGUUGCCCUAGAUCUUUACGCCUUCCUGCAACAAGGACAAAGUAAUCUGAUAGACGCAUCUAGCAACGAAACUAACGAAACAGAGAACAGUACAACAUUACCCGACGAUGAAAUCACAACUGAUUUGGCAAUAACGACGGAGCCUGCUGAUUCUACUAUCACUCAUGAAUCCACUAGCACGACAACGACGACGACAACGACGACCGAACCGACGACCACGACAACAACCACCACGGAACCACCGACUACCACCACUCAGGCUCCCGCGGGAAGAGGAAAAUUCCGACGACCUGGAAUUGGCGGUCCAACUAUCUCCAGAAACCGCUUCAAGUCCAAUGGCGGCACUAGCACGACCGAAGCACCCGCAGAACCGACUCAGAGAACCCGAGGACGUUUCGGUGCCAAUGGUGGCUCGAACGGCGGUGGGUUCAAACGACCUCGACCUGGUGGUGGCAAUCACAAGCCGAUUGAAGAGGAUACCGUGCAGAAGGAGACCGCCAGCUCGGCGAACGCGGAGAAACCGCCGUCCGGACGCGGCAGAUUCCGUGCACCUUCCGGCGGCAGAAUCGCCGUCUCCACGACGACGUCGGCGCCGGCGUCGAACGGCGCGACGUCAGCUGCACCGGCGCGACCUACUUUCAAUAAAAUAAACAUCAAUCGAAGACGUGGACGGCCGACCACAGCCGCGCCAGGAAGUGAGGAACCCCAGGAAGGUGCAACGCAUUCCGAGCAAACCAGCCAGACCGUCGCCCAGACUCCAGCGGAAAGCGCUACGCCAAAGUCUGCCGUUCGCACGAGACUUCCUGGUGCUCCUGCGAUCAGACCGGCCAUCAGACCGGGUGGCAGGAUUAACUUAAGACAGAAACCGGGACAGACGACGACUACCACGCUCGCACCGGAAGCCCCCGAGGGAUCCGUUGAAGAACCGGCCGGAGAAGGAACCGAGGAAGAAACUCACGAGGCACCAGCGGAAAUCAGUUCACCCCCGGCACGCGCUACCACAGCGAACCCCCUGAAUAAACUGCGUAAUCGCAAUCGGCUGCAAGUACAACCGAAGGCAACGACAAAAUCGCCAUCGUUGCCACCGGCGAUCAGAAGAUCGCCUCUGCUACCGCGACGCAAAGUAACCGAAGCUCCGACGAUCCAAUCGAGUCAGGAGGAGACCGUCUCCGAGGAGGAGAUCAUCCCCGAGGAGGCCGAGCCAACCGAGGUCACUUCCGCCGAGACUAGCACAGCGGCCAGCACGAAACAUGAAGAAACUCGCGGUCUAAGCGGUCUUUUGGCACCCCGACGCAGGAUACCGGCGCGUCGUCCUGGUCAAAUAACCGCCUGAGAAUAAAGGACGACACCCGGCAUCCUAAACUCCCCCCCUCUCCCCCUUUCCCCCCGCGAGCCAACGUCUAAGAGUCCGAAUGACAAUUUCUGUAAUUAACCAAUGGCGUGGAAAUAGAAGAAAUUAUAAAUUAGUCCUGUCGUUCCUCCCCUCGAAGGAUACACUGGAUGCCACUGUCAAAGAUAGAUCUUAUUCCCUUUCUCAAAAUGUUUUUUUUUUCUGAUCGGUAAAACAGCAUCUCGCGCGUUAUAAACGAAAAGGACAGGUGUACAUAGUGUCUUUUAAGAAAUCAAUUUUUCUUAAGAGACAAAGUUUAUAAUACUAUUUUAAUUGCUCUCUAAACGUUGCGUCGAUGUGACGUCCAUUAUAUAUGAUAAAAUAUCUAAAUCACUGCUUUUUAAUCAAUAUUGUAUUACUCUAUGAAUAAUUAUUAAUUCAUAUUUAUGAACGUCACGUCAAUUUUAUAUACACACAUUAAAUCGUUUUUUCGCCAAAUUCAUUAUUGAUGAAAACAAGAUUCAAAAAUAUCAAUAUCUUUUAAAUCGCAUAAUUCAGAUUAUAACAAAUGUUCUUUUCUUAUUACAUUAUUAUUUACAGAAAUUAGAAAUAAUAUUUAGUUUAAGUGAAGUAGACAAUGCGAGCUAUGGGUAGAUAUCAAUGAUCUUAUCGUAAACUAUUAAUCAAUGCAUUUAUUGCAUUAAAUCGAUUUGUAGGCACGAUAUACAUCAUCUUCGCGCGAAUGACAAUAAUUAUAAUCAUAAUUAUAACUCAAUGCAAUAACAAGAUAAAUAAGUGUUUCCAAGUCUACUGCGAUAAUUGUGACUAUCAUAUAUUUAAUUCGGCGAGUUUUAUUUAAUGAUUAGCGCUUGCGAAGUUAUCAAAGUACUAUUUCUAACGUGAUGCAUAGGUGUAUGCGUAUGUAAUAAUAUCCUCUUUAGGGGAUAAUAUUUUUAGGACUAUGCUACUAUGUGUGCAAUAAGGGUACUUUUGUAAUUACAAUGUUUCAAGAUACACUGUAAAUAUUGCAAUUAAACAUAAAGUUAAUUGUGUUA